AUGUACAAGCGUCGGGAAUAUGUGGAACUCUAUGAGAAGGAUCUGGCCAAAUGGUCGCUUCUACGCAACGUCAACACUGUGAUGAAACACAGCACACUGCUGCCGGGCGACUAUGUCUGGUUGGACUUGAAGAGCGGUCGGGAGUUUGAGGUGCCGAUCGGCGCAGUGGUCAAACUCUGUGACUCAGGACAGAUCCAGGUGUUGGAUGAUGAAGGAAAUGAGCACUGGAUCUCACCGCAGAAUGCCACCAACAUCAAGCCUAUGCAUCCCACCUCCAUACACGGUGUGGAAGACAUGAUCCGCCUGGGAGACCUCAACGAAGCUGGCAUCCUCCGCAACCUGCUCAUCAGAUACAGAGAAAAACUCAUAUAUACAUACACUGGCUCCAUCCUGGUGGCCGUAAACCCUUAUCAGCUGCUGCCCAUCUACACGGCCGACCAGAUCCGCCUCUACACCAACAAGAAGAUCGGUGAAAUGCCGCCCCACAUCUUUGCCAUUGCUGACAACUGUUACUUCAACAUGCAGAGGAACAACCGUGACCAGUGCUGUAUCAUCAGUGGUGAGUCCGGAGCAGGAAAGACAGAAAGCACCAAACUGAUCCUUCAGUUCCUGGCAGCCAUCAGUGGUCAACACUCCUGGAUAGAACAGCAGGUCCUGGAGGCCAACCCUAUACUAGAGGCCUUUGGCAACGCUAAAACAAUCCGCAAUGACAACUCGUCUCGUUUUGGCAAAUACAUCGACAUCCAUUUCAACAAGAGAGGAGCCAUAGAGGGAGCCAAGAUAGAGCAGUACCUGCUGGAGAAAUCCAGAGUCUGUCGACAGGCCUACGAUGAGAGGAACUACCACAUCUUCUAUUGCAUGCUGAAGGGCAUGACUGCAGAUGAGAAGAAGAAACUCGGGCUGAGCAAGGCCACCGACUACACCUACCUGACCAUAGGUAACUGCACAGUGUGUGAUGGCCGAGACGACAUGAAAGAAUACUCCAACAUCCGCUCUGCAAUGAAGGUACUAAUGUUCACAGACAAGGAGAACUGGGAGAUUUCUAAACUGCUGGCUGCUAUUUUACACAUGGGAAACCUCAGAUAUGAGGCUCGUACCUACGACAACCUGGAUGCCUGUGAGGUUGUCCGCAGCCCUCACCUCACCACCGCUGCUAAACUGCUGGAGGUGGAUGGUAAGGAUCUGAUGAACUGUCUGACCAGCCGAACUCUGAUCACCAGAGGAGAGACCGUCUCCACCCCACUCAGCAUGGAACAAGCUCUGGAUGUACGAGACGCUUUUGUUAAGGGAAUUUACGGCCGUUUGUUUGUGUGGAUCGUGGAGAAGAUCAAUGCAGCCAUUUACAAGCCUGCGAGCUCAAUUCCCAAAGGUCUGAGACGCUCUAUCGGACUUCUGGACAUCUUCGGGUUUGAGAACUUCACUGUCAACAGCUUUGAGCAGCUGUGCAUCAACUUCGCCAACGAGAACCUGCAGCAGUUCUUCGUCCGUCAUGUCUUCAAGCUGGAGCAGGAGGAGUACAACCUGGAGCACAUCAACUGGCAGCACAUCGAGUUCACUGACAACCAGGACGCUCUGGACAUGAUCGCCAUCAAACCCAUGAACAUCAUCUCGCUCAUCGACGAGGAGAGCAAGUUCCCCAAGGGCACGGACACCACCAUGCUGAACAAGCUGAACUUUCAGCACAAACUCAACACAUACUACAUCCCUCCAAAGAACACGCACGAGACUCAGUUUGGCAUCCAGCACUUUGCUGGAGUGGUUUACUACGAAACAAGAGGCUUCCUCGAGAAGAACAGGGACACUUUAUACGGUGACAUUAUCCAGCUGGUUCACUCCUCCAAGAACAAGUUCAUCAAACAAAUCUUCCAGGCUGAUGUCGCUAUGGGGGCAGAGACCAGGAAGCGUUCGCCCACUCUCAGCAGUCAGUUUAAGAGAUCUCUGGAGCUGCUGAUGAGAACUCUGAGCGUCUGUCAGCCUUUCUUCGUUCGCUGCAUCAAACCCAACGAAUACAAGAAGCCCAUGUUGUUCGACAGGGAGCUGUGUGUGCGUCAGCUGAGGUACUCGGGUAUGAUGGAGACCAUUCGCAUCCGCCGCGCAGGAUAUCCCAUCCGCUACACCUUCGUGGAGUUUGUCGACCGCUACCGGGUGCUCAUGCCUGGAGUGAAACCAGCGUACAAACAGGAGGACCUGAGGGGAACCUGUCAGAGGAUCGCCACCGCGGUGCUCGGCAGAGACGACGACUGGCAGAUGGGAAAGACGAAGAUCUUCCUUAAGGAUCACCACGACAUGCUGCUGGAGAUUGAGAGAGACAAAGCCAUCACGGACAUGGUGAUCCUCAUUCAAAAGGUGGUUCGAGGUUUCAAGGACAGAUCCAACUUCCUGAAGAUGAGGAAGUCGGCCGUGUUGAUCCAGAAGACGUGGAGAGGGUAUCACUGUAGGAAGAACUAUGGAGCUAUGCGAGCAGGCUUCUCUCGCCUCCAGGCUCUCGUUCGCUCCAGGAAGUUGUGCGCGUCGUAUCACGUGGCCCGUCAGCGAAUCACAUUCUUCCAGGGUCGCUGUCGGGGCUUUUUGGUGCGCCGGGCAUUCAGACACCGGCUGUGGGGCGUCAUCACCAUCCAGGCCUACACCAGAGGCAUGAUCGCUCGCCGGCUGUACAAGAGGCUGAAGGGAGAGUACCGCAGGAGGCUGGAGGCGGAGAAGAUGCGUCUGGCUGAAGAGACCAAACUGAGGAAUCAGAUGUCUGCAAAGAAAGCGAAGGCUGAGGCUGAACGCAAACACCAGGAGCGUCUGGCCCAGCUGGCAAAAGAGGACGCAGAGCGGGAGAAGAAGGAGAAGGAGGAGGUUCGAAAGAAGAAGGAGAUGGUGGAGCAGAUGGAAAAGGCCCGAUUGGAGCCCGUCAAUGACUCCGACAUGGUGGAUAAGAUGUUCGGCUUCCUGGGGACGACGGGCUCUUUCCCGGGACAGGAGGGACAAGCCCCCGCCGGCUUUGAGGACCUGGAGCGAACCCAUCAGGAGUUGGUGGAGGAGGAUCUGGAUGAGGCUCUUCCUCUGCCUGAGGACGACGAAGAGGAGGAUUUAUCGGAGUACAAGUUCGCCAAGUAUGCUGCCACAUACUUUCAGGGCCCCACCACGCACACCUACGUCCGACGGCCUCUCAAACAGCCUCUCCUGUUCCAUGACGACGAGGGCGACCAGCUGGCUGCUCUGGCGGUGUGGAUCACAGUGCUGAGGUUCAUGGGAGAUCUGCCGGAGCCCAAGUACCACAUGGCCAUCAGCGACGGAAGCGAGAAGAUCCCCGUCAUGACCAAAAUCUAUGAGACGCUGGGAAAGAAGACCUACAAGAGAGAGCUUCAGGCACUGCAGGGAGAGGGUGAGACGCCACACUCUGAGAGCCACAAGAAGAACAGUGUCCGGCACAAACUGGUGUCACUCACCCUGAAGAAGAAAUCCAAGAUCACAGAGGAGGUCACAAAGCGCCUGAACGACGGCGAGAACAGCCUUCACGGCAACAGCAUGCUGGAGGAUCGGCCGACAUCCAACCUGGAGAAGCUUCACUUCAUCAUCGGUAACGGGAUCCUGAGACCAGCACUAAGGGAUGAGAUCUACUGUCAGAUCUGCAAACAGCUCAGUCAGAAUCCGUCUAAGAGUUCUCACGCUCGCGGCUGGAUCCUCAUCUCUCUGUGUGUCGGCUGCUUCGCCCCUUCAGACAAGUUUGUCAAGUAUCUGAGAAACUUCAUCAACAGUGGGCCGCCGGGGUACGCUCCGUACUGUGAAGAGAGACUGAGGCGAACAUUUGUCAACGGGACGAGAACACAACCUCCAUCCUGGCUGGAGCUACAGGCCACCAAGUCAAAGAAGCCCAUCAUGCUGCCGGUGACGUUCAUGGACGGCACGACCAAAACACUUCUGACGGACUCGGCUACCACAGCCAAGGAGCUCUGCAGCGCCCUGUCCGACAAAAUCAACCUGCGGGACCGAUUUGGGUUCUCACUCUACAUUGCGCUGUUUGACAAGGUCUCCUCUUUAGGCAGCGGGAACGACCAUGUGAUGGACGCCGUGUCACAGUGCGAGCAGUACGCGAAGGAGCAGGGAGCCCAGGAGAGGAACGCCCCCUGGAGGCUGUUCUUUAGGAAGGAGAUCUUCACGCCUUGGCACUCCCCCGCCGACGACCAGGUCGCCACCAACCUAAUCUACCAACAAACUGUCAGGGGCAUCAAAUUCGGAGAAUAUCGCUGCGACAGGGAUGACCUGGCAGAACUGGCCUCGCAGCAGUAUUAUGUUGACUAUGGUUCAGACAUCCUUCUCGAGCGCCUGCUGAGCCUCAUCCCCUCCUACGUCCCCGACAGAGAGAUCAGCACCUCCAGGACUGUAGAGAAAUGGGCUCAUUUAAUCAUGGCUGCUCACAAAAAGGGCAUCUACACCCAAAAGAGGUUGGACCCUCAGAAGGUGAAGGAGGAAGUGGUGGACUUCGCUCGCCACAAGUGGCCUCUGCUCUUCUCUCGUUUCUAUGAAGCCUUUAAGUUCUCAGGUCCCAGUCUGCCUAAAAACGACCUGAUCGUCGCCGUCAACUGGACUGGGGUUUAUUUUGUGGACGAGCAAGAGCAGGUCCUCUUAGAGCUCUCCUUCCCAGAAAUCACUGCAGUUUCCAGCAGCAGGGGAGGAAAGUUGCAGAGUCAGAGUUUCACUUUGGCGACCAUCAAAGGAGACGAGUACACCUUCACCUCCAACAACGCUGAGGACAUCCGCGACCUGGUGGUGACCUUCCUGGAAGGCCUGAGGAAGAGGUCGAAGUUUGUGGUCGCGCUGCAGGACAACCCCAACCCCACUGGAGAGGAUUCUACGUUCCUGAGCUUCCUGAAGGGAGACCUGAUCCUGUUGGACCAGGACACCGGCGAGCAGGUCCUAAACUCUGGUUGGGCACACGGUGUCAACGCACGAACCAAUCAGAAAGGAGAUUUCCCAGCCGACUGCGUCUAUGUCCUGCCAUGUGUGACCCGACCUCCGCAAGACAUAGUGGCGCUAGUAACCAUGACACCGGAUCAGCGACAGGAGUCUGUUCGUGUUUCGCAGCUCGUCUUGCCAGAGAGCGACGACAGGAUGAAACCCUACACGCUGGAGGAGUUCUCCUACGACUACUUCAGGCCUCCUCCCAAACACACCCUGAGCAGGGUGAUGGUCACUAAGAACCGCGGGAAAGAUAAGAUGUGGAGCUGUACCAGAGAGCCGCUCAAGCUGCCGCUGCUGAAGAAGGUCGUCAACCACGAGGAGUUGGCUCAGGAUGCCUGCAUGUCCUUCAUAGCUAUAAUGAAGUACAUGGGCGACUACCCGUCCAAACGAACUCGCUCAGUCAACGAGUUGACAGACCAGAUCUUUGAAGGAGCGCUGAAGGCGGAACCUCUGAAGGACGAGAUCUACUGUCAGAUCAUCAAACAGCUUACCGACAACCACGUCAAGUACAGUGAGGAGAAAGGCUGGGAGCUGCUGUGGUUGUGUAUUGGUCUGUUUCCUCCCAGUAAUGUGCUGCUGCCGCACAUCCAGCGCUUCCUCCAGUCCAAGAAACACCACCCGCUCUCUGGAGACUGCAUGCAGAGGCUGCACAAAGCUCUACGUAAUGGAUCCAGGAAGUAUCCUCCUCAUUUGGUGGAAGUGGAGGCCAUCCAACAUAAGACAACCCAGAUCUUUCACAAAGUCUACUUCCCUGAUGAUACAGACGAGGCGUUUGAGGUGGAGUCCAGCACCAAAGCGAAGGAUUUCUGCCAGAACAUCUCCACCAGACUGCUGCUCAAAUCUCCUGAAGGCUUCAGCCUUUUCGUCAAGAUCUCAGACAAGGUGAUCAGUGUGCCAGAGGGAGAUUUCUUCUUUGACUUUGUCAGACAUUUGACAGACUGGAUCAAGAAAUCUCGACCAGCUAAAGACGGAAUCAUUCCCUCUCUGACCUAUCAGGUGUUCUUCAUGAAGAAGUUGUGGACAAACACAGUUCCAGGGAAAGACGCCUUCGCCGACUCCAUCUUUCACUACUACCAGGAGCUGCCGAAGUACUUGCGUGGCUACCAUAAGUGUUCACGAGAAGAGGUUUUCCAACUGGCAGCGCUCAUCUACCGCGUCAAGUUUGAGGAUGACAAAUCCCACUUUCCUACAAUUCCCAAGAUGCUUCGGGAGCUGGUUCCCCAGGAUCUCAUCCGUCAGAUGUCACCAGAUGACUGGAAAAGGUCAGUGGUUGCAUACUUCAACAAGCAGGCCGGUAAAUCAAGGGAAGAGGCCAAACUGAUGUUCCUGAAGAUCAUUUACAAAUGGGCGACCUUUGGCUCCGCCUUCUUUGAGGUCAAGCAAACCACAGAGCCCAACUUCCCAGAGAUCCUCCUGAUCGCCAUCAACAAACACGGAGUCAGUCUCAUCGACCCGAAGACGAAGGACAUCCUGACCACCCACCCUUUCACUAAGAUCUCCAACUGGAGCAGUGGGAACACCUACUUCCACAUCACCAUCGGCAACCUGGUCAGAGGAAGCAAACUGCUGUGUGAGACAUCGCUGGGCUACAAGAUGGAUGACCUGCUGACCUCCUACAUCAGUCAGAUGUUGACCACCAUGAACAAGCACCGCUCCGGGCGGGGCCUCAGCAAGUGAACUUCUUACUGGCAGGAGGCCGCUGAGCUCGUUCGGCUCUUGCGUCCCAUUGGACAGCAUUGCAGCUGGGGGCGGACCUUUGCACACCAGCUGUGGAGGAUGAGCCGCAGUCCUUCUGUUAGCUCGGAAGGGUCAAAACUCACCGGGGACAGUUCGGCUGCUAGCAGCGACGACCCUGGCGAAGGCCCCAGCAACUAUUACCGCUACAACUACUAUGACGACGAGCCGUCCAGUGAGGACGACUACCUCUAACACCUCCAAACGCUCUGUCUUAACAGGUCGGUCUCUCUCAGUUCAGGAUUCAGUCAGACCAGCUUGUACAGAAAUACAGUGUUAAUUCAGUGCUGCUUAACCUUACUGGCUCAGUGAGUUUGAACUGAGGACACUGCUCCAGUUGAAAGAUCUCAGCCUUAAGUGAAUGUUGCAGUGACCCCCAGUGGCAGCAGGACUUCACUGCUUUUCAAUUAUGAACAUUUAAGGACUUUGCUACCUAAAAAUAGUUUAACUUUUUUGCCGGCUGUCAUGUGAUGUGAUAAAUCUAUAAACUACAAUGAGACUGGUGGACAGUGGAUUACAGUACCCAGGAGGCUUAUCGACUCGUAAUGGGCAAUCAAACUAUCCAUUUUAUGUAGUUUGUCUUAAUUAAUUGAUUAAGCAAUUAUUGGAAAACGUGAUAUAAAUGCACUUUCACAUACGCUUUAUUGUCCUUACUGGUUCCUUCUUCCUUUGACCGGUAUGAUGGUGAAAAAUUAUUAAAUGUCAUUCUGUGUUUAAAAAAGGUCUAACAUUUAAUUUGCACUGAGGAAAGUAUGGUUAACCUACAAGAGUUAACCUACAAGAGUUAACCUACAAGUUCACCACAUUACCAUAAAGACGUUGAACUGAGUCUCACCCAAAGGGCCUUUGGAGCUCAGAGGGUCAGCACGUCCAUCCCUGUGGCACCAGUCUCAAGCUAGAUGGUUUUUGUCUCACCAAUGAUAAAGAACAUCCAUUCAUCCUUGUUAGUUUAGUGCAUCUAUAAUGAGCAUUAGAGCAUCACAGGAGCUUUAGUGAAGCUAUAGACAUUUAGUCUUGUCCCUUUAUUUACCUAGAACAUCUUUAAGUACUGAUAAAGCACAUUAGUUGUUGCGUUUAGUCUUUCUUAGAGACAGUAUUUUUCUUGCAGAAAACAAGGUCAGAAACGGUUAAGUUUUCUGUUUUUGUUUUCUUCUUCUUGACCAGAGCGGCGUUAACCUUUUUACCUUGUUUAGAAAAACAUUUAUCUAUUUCUCUGGCCUUAAAUCAAAACAACGUGGCCUCACGGGACCUGAGACCCUUUAUUUAAAACUUCAGUAACGUGAUGUGUGACACACUGGAGACAGAGCUGUAAUGUGUUCAGGUUCGCUAUUUAUGUAACUAUUUAAUAUGGGAGUUUUUUUUUUUUUUUAAUACAAUUCAUAGUUUGUGUUUACACCUCGUUAAAUGUUGUAGAUUAUUAUCAGCAUUUUUUUUCCAUUUCAUAUCUUAACUGUUUCUCUUUUUCUGUUGAGACUGUAUUACCCAGCAUUCAUGGGCAGCUGCAGUUAAGGGGCUUUUGUAACAUUCCUGUAGUGUGACAAAUAAUCCCAAAUAACUCAAGCUCCUGUUACAAGCUUUUCCUGGGCAUUUUAGUUGCAUCUCCUGGUCUUCAUCAGUGGAAGGAGUUUGCUCAUUUAUCACGCUCAGCAGUCAUAGUUUUUUUUUUUUACUGUUAAAAAUGUAAUAUGUCUUAAUAUAUGCGGACUUGAGGCUACAAACUGCAUUUAUAACUGAGAUAAUAAAUGAACUCUAGAUUCAGAAUCUACACUUUUUUCAGUACAGUUGCCUAAAAUUGUCCUGUUUACCAAGAAUUUUAAUGCUGAAGUGUUACCAAAUUAAUACAAACAAAAAUGUAUUCACAGAUCUCCCAAGACUGGCAUUCUAAGUUACUUUAAAAGAAUAUAAAUACUAAUCGAGCACAUACCUCCACCCCAAGGCUGAGCUGUGGUGGACCUGCAUGAAAAUACACACAUAACAUUCAAAGAAAAUCAAAACAUGCAGUAGUUCAUGAGAAAUGUUAAGAAUUCCUCAAAUACAUUGUUCUGGAUCCUGACUAUGAACAGAGUGUAGAGAGUAAAAUGUUAGUUUUAAGUGAGCAAAACCCCUUGAAAUUACAUAAUUUUACUCUUAUUCUUUAUACCCAAGUCAUAUUUUUUACAAAAGAAAUGUUUGUUUUACUGUUAAAUCAAAGUUUAGGAUCAUUCUUCACACAUUUCUGACAUGACAUUUCUGAUAUACAACCCUGGUUUUGUUUAAACUUUGAGGUUUCACACAAAACUGACCUUUAAUUAAACAAUAAAGACGCUGACAUGGCAAGGUAUGUUGUUUUCCCAGAUGAGAGAACAUCUGCUGUAAAACCAGAUAAACAUUUGGAAUAUUUGAAGUACACUCACCCAGUGGCUCUCCAUCCACCAGUGGCCUUACUAGUUAAAAACAGACAACCAGCUGUUUUUUUUUUCCCCUGUAGUGGCACAGAUCAGAUUUUUGCUGAACUAAACCAGAAGCCCUGAUGUGUGAAAGAAGGUGGGUCCAUGAGCAAAUGAAGUGUUAUGUUUGGCUUUAAAAAAAAUAAACAGGUUGUUUUAAAAUUGUAUGUUUAAGGAUUUGUGGCACAGAUUUUUUGAUGUGAAUUAAUCUUCUAAUAAUUAGUCUUAUUUUCUUUGUUUUCGUGAAACUGACAAACCCUUCAUCCAUUAACCUGCACUGGUUUUGUUUUGUUAGUAUGAUGAACAAAUACACUGGUAUUUUUAAACCGUGCCAAUCGUUCCAUUUGAUACAAUUAUGUUUUUCAGUGUGGUGUUUUUCUUUGUGGACUAAUGCAAACUUUUUCUUUCUUUUUUUUUUUUUCUUGUAGUGUCGCAUUUUAUGUGGAAGUUUGUUUUGUCUGUGACUGUGUAAUUCAAAUCGACUUCCUGAAGUAUUUUCAUUGUCUGUAAUGAGUGCUCUCACUUUUGUAAAAAAAUGUGACUUGUUUUGACUUGAUUGAUGUUAAUAAAUAACUUGU